UAUCAUGGCUUGGGAUAUCUAUGGUUACUACGUACCGCAUUUUGUGGGUCAAAUUAUACAAAAAUAUUAGACAAGCCGAAGAAAGAAAUAAGCGAAAACGAAAUGAAAACAUUAAAAUAUUAAACAAAUUAAUAACAAACGACACGGAGGCAUUGCUGAAUUGGAUGAAAGACGACCAAACAGAUACCACAUGGAUGGAACCUGUUACAAAACAUGAAUCCAUAAAAUUUCAAAUGGUAUUGUUGGUCGAUGAAUUCGUUAAUUUUACGUACCGAAUUAUAGUUUUACAAAACUCAACCGUUGAUAAAGAAGCAUUACUUAAAUGGAUUGGGGAAAACGUUAAGAAAAUUACUGUUUGUAAUCGAGAUGACAACAAAGUGGUAACUAAAUUGAUAAAAGACAAUUAUUCAACGUUGACAGAUUCAAUCGUAAACGACAAAAAAACGUUUAUAAGCAUGAUAGCAGGAGACCACGAAAAGUUAGACGAAAAAACUAAACAAGACAUCAAAACUUUAACUGAAAUGAACUGGCCAUCAUCCAGUAACACGUAUAGAAAUUAUGAUAUUAUAGUUUUACCGAAAACAAGCAACAAGAAAACGAUGACUGAACUAGGAGCAAGGGCCCUGUUGGAACCAGAAUGUUUAUCAGCCUUAAAUAUAACUUCAACAACAGUAAAAUUAAAAUGGGUUGAACCAAGUGGAGGAACUGAGUUUAUACACUGUUAUCAGAUAAUAUGUAAGGAACAAAGCAGCAGUGUGCCAUAUUUCUCUGAAACUCCUAGAAAUGCUUGCAUUUUUGUCGUAGAGGGAUUAAAGCCCAACACCGAGUAUGCAUUUAAAAUUCAAGCCAUCAUGAACGGGGGAUAUAAAGGGCCGAUCAGUCAAACCUUAACAGUAUCAACAUUGGAAAUAUCUUAUUAUAGAAUGGCCGAGUUUUUAUAUGUUUUGUUUUACAUUGCAGUUUUAGUAUGGUUCACAUACUUGUUUUGUUAUACUGUGACUACAUCAUAAAUUAUUUGUGCCACUGUUUGUACAUAUUUCAUUUUUUGCGAGAACAAUUAACAUGCCAAAGAUUGAAAAGUACUUCUUAAUCCAUUUAAUCAUUUCUGCUAAAUUAUAAGAAAUAACAUGUUUAAAAUAUGA